ACCGAGAUUUCUUGCUCCUUGUGUCCGCGCAUCUCUCACUGCAGUGCGACCCUCUGCUGACGUUUUUAGCCGGAUGGUGUGUGAGACGUGUGGUCUACCAAGGUCUGGUCCGGUGGGUGGCGGCGGCCAACAUCGUCCCAUGCGUGGUCUUUUGAGGGGCUACCCGGGUCUCACCUUGAGCGGGAUGGCAUUCAUCAACUCAUGCUUGUGGCCGUGUUUGUGACAAGCUAACGAAGCAGUCAAGCACCCAUCACCGACCACAUCACCAACCUGUCUCUGGAGCUUCUAGAGCCGCGGGGCUCGCUGGCAUGGAUGAAACAAAUAUGGCGGAAUUGGAAAUGGCGCAAGAGGUGGACGAUGAGUUUUCCCGACUGUGGCAACGCCACCUCACCGCGCUGAGGGACGACUUCUCGGCGACCAGUGUACAGGCGCUGCCCAGCCUGCCUUCAGAAUCGCGCAGUUUCGAUGAAGAAGCCGCCCCUGACAGGGACCUCGCGCAUCCGUGGGACGACAAAAUCGGCUCGGUCGUUGAUAUGCUCGAUGAGCUGACACUACAGAGUCCCAAUACGACCGAUACCCACAGCCCAGAGACCCCUUGGUUCCCAGAUAGAGACGGGUACCCCGAGACAGCACUCUCAUCACCCCUGAACUCCAGUUGGCCUAGGACAAUCGGAUCCCCCAAGAACCCGUGUUUGCCAUAUCUCCGCGUGGAGGACUAUUCGGAAACACCCUUCCCCGACCUCAAGGGCAAGGGGGUCGACAUCGCCCAAACCUGGAGCCAAAGAAAGCCGCCACCACCAUGGCACGAAGACGCAACAGUCCCAUUCCUCCUCCAGAAACAGUUCCUCCACGACCACCCACCCUCCCUCGCACCCCUAGCAGCAGCAACAGCAACAUCCGCAACAACAACAACAACAACAAUCCACACCCCCACCACCUCGAACCAACCCCGACCCCCAGCAACCCAAGUCCACGCCCUAAUCCUAACCUGGGGACCACCACCGCCACCAACGACAACCCCCUCCCAACACGACACGCACGAGCGCCAGUUCCCCGUGACGCCCAACCCCAACAACGGCGGCGGCGACACAGACGCCCUGCGCGCCACGCUCAAGCGGCGCGGCUACCGCGUGCAGUGCCGCACCAUCCCCGCCGACUACCCGACCGCGGCGGUCGAGACGAUGCUGGAUCGGUUCCUGGCGCGGUCGGCGAUGGAUACGUUGCUGGUGGUGUAUUAUCGCGGGUGGGGGUGUUUGGAGAGGGAUGGAAGGAUGGUGUUUGCGAGUGGUCCUGAUCCUGGUGCGAGUAGCUUCUUUUGGGAGGACGUGAGAGAUCCGGUGAUGCAGGUUCCUGGGGAUGUGUUGUUGGUAUUUGACUGUACUGCCUUACCUGGUGUCAGGGCGGAGCAGCUCGAAAUGAGGAUCGAGGCGGGGAUGGUCUCGUCGCCGUCCACGAAGCAGUUGUUGGGGGUUUGCGUGCCGUCGUGGUAUUACGAUGAUGAGUGGUCAGGGGGUAUGGCUGGCGACGACAUGACGCAGUCACUGUGUAGGGCCUUGGAUGGGAUGGGUGAUGUGCCGGUUCUGUCGGUACACAGGCUGUGCUCGCUUAUGAGGGAGGAUCUACGAGGCAGCCAACUCGCGUCGAGGGUGUUUGUUAGCCAGCUGGGGGGCGGGCGGUUGCUGGAUAUUUAUCUACCGAGACUCGCGGCCUCGCCGACAACGAGGAGGCAGAGCAUGAGCCCGUGGUAGAGAUAAACACACCCACAUCAUCAAGCCCCCCUGUCGCCCCUGACACUUACAACUUGGUAGCAUGGGCUGAAGAUUGGAGGCGGCUUAGUUGAAUUGAAGUCUAUCUAGAUAUCCAACUGAGAUCAUUCUGUUUCAAGAAAG